AUGAACAUCAAGCCCAUGAAGAUCAACCAGGACAAAGGCAAAGCCCUGGGGCGGAAUAACCCCAUGCACUGGUGUAGGCUGGGGGCCAGCUGCCCAGAAAGAGUUCCUGCUUCAGAGAAGUUUGCUGAAAAAGAUUUGAAGAACAUGGAGAAAUAUAAAGCCAAGAUUAUGAAAGUCAGCAACAGUGAGUAUGUUGAUCCAGCUGUGAUAGCCAGUAUUAUCUUGAUGUCAUAUGCUGGGACACGACUGAAGGAUGGUAUGGGUGACCACAGAAAUUGAUUUGUUUUAAUGCGAGCUGACAAAUGGUGUAAGACUGUUGGGACACGGGACAGUGAAGAGCAUAUAAGACAAGGCACAGGGAUUUUGUGUUGGAUGAUAAAAAAAAAAAUCCAGAAUAAAUUCCCAACGUGGAAAAAGGAACAGCAGCUCAAAGGUGGGAUUUCAGCCUAUAAUGCAGGACCUAGUAAUGUCCAGUCCUACGAAGGAAUGGAUAUUGGCACAACACACAGUGAGUACGCCAAUGAUGCAAGAGCCAAGAUUUUUAAGAGAAAUGGUUACUAAGAAAGAUAUCUGAGU